CACAUCAACAUCUGUCAGUUUGUAUCCAGCCACAGGGAAAAACGAGAAAAUGAACAAAGUCAUGCUUCAUGAUCGAAAUCUUUGGCUCUUCCAACGGCCAUUUUGAAUGACCCUGUCUCAUUAAUAGUUGUCGUCAAGGCGAAAAUCUCAUUCCCUCGGACAACAUCGGCGACGACCCAAUUCAUCCAGACACACGGAGCUUCAAACAAAACCUCAAAUACCGCAAGGAUGGUUUGUCAUUUGAUGACACUCACCUGUCUCCUGAUAUCCAUUUGUGUUUUGAUUGAAUGUAAACCUCGCGGCCAGGUUCACACUUCGUACAAUGCAGUGGUCGGUUCCAGUUUCGAACCAGCCUUCAGCGCAUCCAGCUACGAUUCAUUGGGAAUCCAACCGAGUCGUUCAGCAGGUCGCAACGAGCAGAAACAACAUUAUUGGUGGCAAGGUUCACAAUCGCCGUUUAGCGAAGGGGCGGGUCAAAAUCAAGGUGUUUCAUCCGGUGGUAAACCGGGGCAGACGUACGCAUCGGUCGCCGGAUGCAGCGGCGAAGCUUGCAGUUCUCCGUUAUUUAGCGCACCUGCGGCAUCGCCGUCCAUCAGCAGCAGUGGAGGUGGUAGCUGUUGCAAUCAUUACUGGCAAAAACCUGGCCAUCCGUGCUCCACCCAUCAAGGCAUCGAUUGCCCGCGUCGAUUUUCUUGCGUCCACUACCAAUCUUGCAGGAAUGGCGUCAUCUCACUUGCAUCCACCUCGAGCCACACCUCGCAGAGACCGUCAAUCGACGAGUUGAUGAACUACGGCCGACCUUGCGGUUCUUCCGGAAUCGAAGUGUGUUGCCAGGACGCCCCUCCAAGGCCGGAACCGGUGGUACAACAACCUCCUGCUACUUAUUAUCCACCUUCACCGCAAGCUCAGAACCAACAAGUUGUGGGUUGCUCCGGUGGAUGUACACCAUCCUCGUCGCCUGUGUAUUAUCCAUCACCGGCUCAACAUCCAUCCCCGCCAUCGACAUACCCUUCGGUUCACUUGCCAUCUUCGCCACCGAUAUACUAUCCACCAGCGCCAACAACCACUACGAGGAGACCGGUUUAUUAUCCGGUGACGGCACCCGUUUUGGCUCAGACUCCACCCGCUUAUCAACCAACUUCACCACCCGCUUACUCACCUGCUCCACCUGUUUACCAACCAGCACCUGCACCAGUUUACACUCCCGCUCCCCCACCCGUUUACACCCCGUCACCUGCACCCGUUUACACCCCCGCACCUGCACCCGUUUAUACCCCGUCUCCUCCACCGGUUUAUACCCCAGCACCGCCAACGUACCAACCUCCCCCGCCACCGCCGGUUAACACCCAACCUCCACCACCAGCUCCAACUAGACCACCACCUCCACCAGCUGCUCCACCAACACAAGCUUCAGUGGCACAAGGCCCACCAGCCGUACCAGCCAAUUCUUUACCGUAUCCCGGUUGCGCUGCAGCAUUGAAAUGCGUACCGGAAGAGUAUUGCAGCAUCGACGGUGUUAUGAUUGACAAGCCCGUUUUCCUUUCUGAGCAGUUGAAACCCUAUCGUACACCUCUGAUGUCGUGUCUGAAUGUGGAAACCAAUCAAAUUGGUUUCUGCUGUCGCGAUCCGUUGUACAACGAUCCUUGGCCAGCUGGUAUGCCCAUGCCGGGCAUGCCUCCUGUGGCACCAGUUGUCCAAGAACAAAUUCAGCCGCAAUCUCCUGCCCCACCUGUUCAACCCGUACCAACAGUUCCUACUGUCCCUUAUGUUCCCUCAACGCAACCACCCCCAACUCAACCGCCAUACAUUCAAUGUUUUUCAACCCAAGAAUGUGUUCCAACUCACGUGUGCAGUGGUCGGUUCGAACCGUUUAAUGAUAGUCCAAACGCGAGAUGUCAGACUGUCGACUAUCAGGUUGGAGUCUGCUGCAAUCGACCACCACCUCCUACCCCACCGCCAACUAAACCACCACCACCCAUUGAACCCGUAAUAGUACCACCUCCUGAUUCUUAUUUGCCUCCACCUCCACCACCCCCUACUCAACCACCGUACAUUCAAUGCCUUCCUACCCAGGAAUGCAUCCCAGCUCACGUUUGUGGUGGUCGUUUCGAACCCUUCGACAACAGUCCAAACGCUAGAUGCCAAAACCCCGAAGAUGGCCAGGCUGGUGUCUGCUGUAAACUACCACCUCCACCUCCUACCCAACCGCCUACUACACGACCACCUCCACCACCAGUACAGCCAGUUGAAGCCCCUUCAUUAUCUUAUUUGCCUCCUCCGAUUGAACCCUUUGUGGCUCCGCCAGCCGUUGUGGCUCCGCCACCCGUUGUCGUUCUUCCUCCACCAACAACGCAACCUGUGGUUGAACAAUCCUUCAUCCCCCCACCACCGCCUCCGCCUGCGCCAGCUAGCCAAGUUUUGGAAAAUCAAUGCGGUAUCUCCAGACCCGUUUCUCAAUUACUUGGCAAUGGCGAAGCUGCGUUAGGAGAAUUUCCUUGGCAUGUCAUGAUUGCCAAUGUCAACGGAUCCAUGACUUGCUCCGGUGCUCUUAUCGGAUCGAAAUUUGUCGCUACAUCGUUCCACUGUGUCCAGGGGACUAUCCCUUCUAACCUGAUUGUGCGACUUGGCGAACAGCAUGUAGGCACUACUAAUGAACCUCUACCGCAUUAUGAAAUUCCCGUGACAGCUGUCGUCGGUCAUCCUGAUUUCGCCGAAGGUUCUCUCUUCCACGACACAGCCGUUCUCAUGCUAGCUGCAGCCGCACCUUCGGGACAAGCACAUAUUGCUCCAAUCUGUCUUCCAACGCAAUCCGAGCCCCAAGUUUCGCAAUGCGUCGUCUCCGGAUGGGGUCACGAUACUUUGUCUGGUUUACAAAGCGGUGUUUUGAAUAAGGUCCAGGUUAGUGUUGUGCGCAACGAAGAUUGCCAAAACUCACUGCAAAGCAGCCAUUUAGGCAAAUAUUUUAAGUUACAUAAGAGUUUCACUUGUGCUUCUACCCAAAACAGCAUUAACCCAUGCAAGGUCGAUGGAGGAUCUCCACUGGUCUGCGUACGUCCCGACGGCAGUCACGUCCUAAUCGGCUUGUCGUCUUGGUCGGUGGGGUGCAGCAAUCAACAACAGCCGGGAGUUUAUUCUGACGUUAUGGCAGUCGCUCCUUGGAUGCAGCAGCAAAUGUUCAAGCCCGAAGCCAGUCUUGUCGAACAGUCCAACUCGGCUUUCCAAAAUCAGCAGCAAUUCCAGACCCAAUUUGGGGCUGGAGCCGGUUAUGGACGCUAAAACAAAACAAACAAACAAACAGAAAAAUCUAUUCUCAAACAUCCCACGUUUUUUUUUAGUCUUAUACUUUCCCCUUUUGUUUAUACAUAAAAUAAAAAUAAAUGAAAAUUUUUUCUGGUA